AUGGCACACAAUACACCGCUGCUCACAAAGGAAAAAGGUGAUAAACAUUCCGGCUGUUGAUAUAAGAGUCAAUAAGAUGUUUAUCACUCUCGCGCCUAACGGAAAAUAAACAAUAAUCAGCAAAUGUGUGUUUGCCAGCGCUUUUGUUAUAUGCCUAACGUUUAACAGGGUCACGAGUCCGUAAAAAGGGCCGCGCGCAGAACUUUGUUAGUCACAUUGCUAACGGAUAUUUAGCAGUGAACUUUGGUUGGGAAAUGAAAUCUCUACUUGUUCUCCUGUUUCUCGGAGCGGCAGUCGCCACCCUGGCUGAGGAGCCUUUUGAGGAUGAGGCAGUCGCGGAGUUGUUAGAUGAAGAGGAUGAUGAAACCAUUGCCGAGCUUGCUGAUGAGAAGAAUGACCCCCGUCGUCGUCCCCGUCCAAGCGGCCCUCCGAGGGCUGUAAGAUCUUCAACCUUGUCACCAAUCCUAAACAAACUACUGGGAUUUGCACAAUCAGCUUAAAGUAGCAAACUUAAUUUGUUUAAGACUCCCUUUCACGUCCUUAUAAAAUAGGUGCUGAGGGGAACUUCGGAAGAAUCACGCUCCCUCAACCCGGAAAUUGCGUAUUUUAUCUGGUUAACAUGUUAGAUCGAUAACUCUGUCAAAAAAAUAGACAUAGCCUUUUUUCUGGUGAUUGGCAUCACGGUGAUAAAGAAUGGUAUCAUUAAUAAAAUCCUAGCAAACGGUGUUUUAAUAUAAACGGUAUCGUAUCAUUGAGCCAUUAUUAUAAAACUCGCAUAGUUUAAUUCUUUUCUCUUAAAAAGUGCAAGCUAUAUUUUAAGAAAUGCUUAAAGAAGCCAACUGGUCCUCGUCCCACACGUCCCAUCAAGGUAAGAUCUUCCUUGUCUUUAUUUUGAACCCUUAUACUUUGAUGUCGAGACGUAGUUUUACAGCAAAAGUGUGUAGUCAACUUAUAUUGUUUUUAUACGAUUUGAUGAAAUACAUGGACCAGGUGAGCUCCUUAGUUAUUUUUUUUUCAGCUGGGGUAGGUUGUUAUAUGUUAGAAAGAGUGAUUAA